CAGCGGCGACCACAGCCCCUUCAGGAGUGGGAGGAUUCGCGGCGGCGCCUGGGGCCGCGCCGGUGCCCUCAGGAGGAGGCUGUCGGCUCAGGGACGGCCCCCCCCGGCCAUGCUGAGGCAGCGGCCGCCGCUGCUGGAGGAUCAAACAGAGCAUACUGAAUCAGCAGGACUGGCUGGUGGUGCAGCAAGCAUCAUGAGUAAGCACAGAGAAAACUGUUUGUUAUCACAUGUGUAAGGGACAAAAGGUUCAAACAAGUCUCUUGAGUGGUAUUUCCUCACUGAUGGAGAAUUACUUCCAAGCAGAAGCUUACAACCUGGACAAGGUUUUAGAUGAAUUUGAACAAAACGAAGAUGAAACAGUUUCUCCUAUUUUAUUGGAUACAAAGUGGAAUAAAAUUCUAGAUCCCCCUUCUCACCGACUGUCAUUUAACUCUCCAUUGGCUAAUGUGAAUGAACCUGUAGUUUCUAAUGAGUCACAGCCACAACUGAAAGUCUUCUCCCUGGCUCAUUCAGUUCCUCUAACCACAGAAGGAGAGAACCAUUGUGCUAAUGGACAGGACUCUAGUCUGAAUCCAGAGGUCAACAAAAUGUGGAUUGAUGAAAAUGCUGUUGCAGAAGAUCAGUUAAUUAAGAGGAACUGUGAUCGAGAUGAUCAGUGCAGUACUGUCGAAGCAGGAGAGAAAUGUGGAAGCCUCGCUAGUCUGCCAGAUGAGAAGAAUGUUCUUGUUGUAGCUGUCAUGCAUAGCUGUGAUGAAAUGACAUUACAAAGUGACUUGCAGGACUGUAAUGAUUAUAGUAGUCAGUCUGUCGUGGAUGCUUGUAGCUGUUCACUGGAUAAUGAAAACAGACAAACUGAUCAGUUUAGUUUUAGUUUAAAUGGGUCCGCGGAAGAAGAUAGGAACUCAGAGAGACAAAUGGAUCUGUUGAAUAGACCAAAUGCCGAGAGGGAUUCUGUUAAAGAUAGAUGUACUACUUCACCUGAUAAUCUAGCCAGUGUCUGUUCCUCUUCACAAUUAAAGGAUGAUAAAAAUAUAGGUAGAGACCCCUCCAUGUCUGUGAUGACAAGUUUACUUAUUGAUUCAGUAAUCUCAUCCCAGGAAACAGAUGAAGAUUCUGCUGUUAGAAAGCAAGAGAAUUACAUAUCAGAUGAGGUUCUCACACUCAAAGCCAGCUCUCCUAGGACAUAUCUAGGUCCAAACUCCUUUUGUCACUUGAAUGAGGGGAUUUUGAUGAAAAAAGAGCCAGCAGAGGAGAGAACAACUGAAGAAUCCAUCCAAUCUUGUUUACCUUUGCUUCUCAAACCAAACAUGCCUGGAAGGGAUGAUAAUUGUGAACAGUUUUUAGAUUGCCUUGUGUCCAGUGAAGUUAGAGCUGAUGAAAGUGAAGGUUGUGAACAUGAAGAAAAUCUUGGCAUCACAGAACUUCGUAAUAAGACAGAGCAUUUCUCUGAAUCUCAGGAGAUAAAUAACUGGAAAUUGACUAAACUAAAUGAGAUGAAUGACAGCCAAGAAAAUAAAGAUGAGAAGCUUCUGCAGAUAAAUCAGCCUGAGGACACUUACAGUGAUAGUGGAGGGGAGUGUGAUAGAAUGGCAGAAGCAGGCCUAGAUUUAAAAGGAAUUUGUAUGGAUGAAAGUGAAGGAUGUGAUUUCUCCACUGUUAGAGAUACACCAGCAGCAAAUUCUCUAUCUAAUUGUUGUGAUUCCUAUGGAAUGCAGAGCCCACUUGUUUGUUUUGUUCCAAAGACUUUACCCUCCAAAGAAGAUUCAGUAACAGAAGAAAAGGAAAUAGAGGAGAGCAAGUCAGAAUGCUACUCAAAUAUUUAUGAACAGAGAGGAAAUGAAGCCACAGAAGGGAGUGGACUACUUUUAAACAGCACUGAUGACCUAAUGAAAAAAAAUCACUUACACAGUUUCUGUGGCCAGGUUCCAUCAGUGCCUGGGCAAUCUUCACCCAAGACAGUAGCAAACCUGCAGUCUAUCAGUGUUCCUUUUGGUGGUGCAAGACCCAAGCAACCUUCUAAUCUUAAACUUCAAAUUCCAAAGCCAUUAUCAGACCAUUUACAAAAUGACCUUCCUGCAAACAAUGGAAAUAAUAUUAAAAACAAAAAUGAUAUUCUUGGGAAAGCAAAAUUAGGGGAAAACUCAACAACCAGUGUAUGCAGUGCCUCUUUGGGAAUCAAUUCUAUCACUGAUACAAAUGGAGAACAUUUAGAAAGUUAUGAGUCUGGGGUAUCCAGUAGACCGUGCCUUGUAUUAGCUUCAGAGAGCCCAGAUAAUGAUCUCAGAGCUGGUCAGUUUGGAAUUUCUGCCCGAAAGCCAUUUACCACUCUGGGUGAGGUGGCUCCAGUAUGGGUUCCAGAUUCUCAGGCUCCAAAUUGCAUGAAAUGUGAAGCCAGGUUUACAUUCACCAAAAGGAGGCAUCAUUGCAGAGCCUGUGGGAAGGUUUUCUGUGCUUCCUGCUGUAGCCUGAAAUGUAAACUGUUAUACAUGGAUAGAAAAGAAGCUAGAGUAUGUGUAAUCUGCCAUUCAGUGUUAAUGAAUGCUCAAGCCUGGGAGAACAUGAUGAGUGCCUCAAGCCAGAGCCCUAACCCUAACAAUCCUGCUGAAUACUGUUCUACUAUCCCUCCCUUGCAGCAAGCUCAGGCCUCAGGAGCCCUGAGCUCUCCACCUCCCACUGUGAUGGUACCUGUGGGAGUUUUAAAGCACCCUGGAGCAGAAGUGGCUCAGCCCAGAGAGCAGAGGCGAGUUUGGUUUGCUGACGGGAUCUUGCCUAAUGGAGAAGUUGCUGAUGCAGCCAAAUUAACAGUGAAUGGCACUUCCUCUGCAGGAACCUUGGCUGUGUCACAUGACCCAGUCAAGCCAGUAGCUACCAGUCCUCUACCAGCAGAGAUGGAUAUAUCUCUAUUUUCUGGGAGUAUAACUCAGGUUGGAAGUCCUGUUGGCAGUGCAAUGAAUCUUAUUCCUGAAGAUGGCCUUCCUCCCAUUCUCAUCUCCACUGGUGUAAAAGGAGACUAUGCUGUGGAAGAGAAACCAUCACAGAUAUCAGUUAUGCAGCAUUUGGAGGAUGGUGGCCCUGACCCACUUGUAUUUGUUUUAAAUGCAAAUUUGUUGUCAAUGGUUAAAAUUGUAAAUUAUGUGAACAGGAAGUGCUGGUGUUUCACAACCAAGGGAAUGCAUGCAGUGGGGCAGUCUGAGAUAGUCAUUCUUCUGCAGUGUCUACCAGAUGAAAAGUGUUUACCAAGGGACAUCUUUAAUCACUUUGUGCAGCUGUAUCGGGAUGCUCUGGCAGGGAAUGUUGUGGGCAACUUGGGACAUUCAUUCUUCAGCCAAAGUUUCCUUGGCAGUAAAGAACAUGGUGGAUUCAUAUAUGUGACAUCUACCUACCAGUCACUGCAAGACCUAGUACUGCCAACCCCACCUUACUUGUUUGGGAUUCUCAUCCAGAAGUGGGAAACUCCUUGGGCUAAAGUAUUUCCUAUCCGACUGAUGUUGAGACUUGGAGCUGAAUAUCGACUUUAUCCAUGCCCACUGUUCAGUGUCAGAUUUCGGAAGCCGUUAUUUGGAGAGACGGGACAUACCAUCAUGAAUCUUCUUGCAGACUUCAGAAAUUACCAAUAUACAUUGCCAGUAGUUCAAGGUUUGGUAGUUGAUAUGGAAGUGCAGAAAACCAGCAUCAAAAUUCCCAGCAACAGAUACAAUGAGGGGAAAUUUGGACACAGACACACAUAAAGAGAUGAAAAGAUGCAGUGAGAAGAUUGCCAUCUACAAGUCAAGGUGAGAGGCCCAGAACAAACCAUCUUUUACAGUCCUCAAAUGGAACCAACCCUACCAACACCUUGAUUGCAGAUUUGCAGGCUAAGCCUUCUAGCAGAACUGUGACACAGUAAAUUUCUUUUGUUUACACCACCCAGUCCAUAGUACUUUUUAUAGCAGCUUUAGCACACUAACAUACCAGUCCACCUUUAACAGCUAACCAUCAAGACAAAAAAUAUAAAGAAAACAAAAAGAGCAGUUGGGCAAUGAAGGUGAGACCUAUGAUUACCGCGCCUUACUGUGUGGAGAUGCCGGGCCAUAGUUCAGAUAAGGGGAUCCCAGAUUGAGCCUGGAGGUCUCCUGAGUGACGGACAGAGUUGAGAAUAUAGGGAGACCAUGAGGGUAGAAUCUGCAAGACAGAUCACUGGGAACAAGAGACCCCUGAACUUUUGCAGGAGGUCCUCCUGCCUUCAGCUGACGACAGGUCAGUGCAUUCAUGUGAGAAAAGCAUUGGAAAGAAACAGGUAGAACGAUUCUAACACGGCCAGGUAUAGUUUCUAUUUUCACCAGCUAGAGUGGAAGAGCAGCCAGCUACCCCAGUGAUCCAAGUCAUCCAUGAAUUCAGGCUGCUCUGAUCACACCUAACAAGCUUAAAAGAAAGCUUUAGCAGGAUCAAGGAUGAGCAUGUUAAGGAGAGACAUAGAAAAUAUAAACAAGACCCAAAUCCAAUUUUGAGAAACAAAAAUGACAAUGAGGUGAAAAAUACAUUGAAUGAGCUAAUGGCAGAUUAGACACUGCUGAAAAAAAUUAGUAAACCUCAAAACAGUAAUAGAAACUAUCCAAAAUAGAACAGAGAGAAAAGACUGAAAAAUGAAGAGUGUAGUAUUGAGCUGUAGAAAAUACUAGGUAGCCUCACUCUGUAACUGAAGUCCCCAAAGCAGAGAAGAGGUGAGUGGACAGAAAAAAAAAAUUUGAAGAAUUGAUAAAAAAUUUUAUAAAUUUAAUAAUAAGUAUAAACCCAGAAAUUCAAGAAGCUUGGUGAAUUCCAGCUGCAGGGAACAUGAUGAGAACUACAUUAAGGAACAUUAUAAUCAAAUAGUCAAGUUGCUUAACAGUAGUGCCAAUGAGAAGAAUCUUAAAAAUAACUAGAGAAAAAAAAUCCACAUUAUAUCCUGAGGGACAAAUAUAAGAAUAAUGGCAAAUUUAUCAAAACAAUUCAAGAUGUUGCAGCAAAAUUGUUGAAGUACUAAAAAAACAAAAAAACCUGUCAACCUAUAUUUUAUACUCAGUAAAAAUAUUUUUAAAAUGAAGACAAAGUGCCUGUUCAAAAAUAUAACAGUUAAAAGAAUGUAUACCUGGCAGAUCUAUUCCCCAAGAAACGAAGUGUCCUUCAUGGAAAAUACCAAAAAUUAGAUAUCUGGAUGUGUGCAAAGGAGUAAAGAGCAACAGAAAUGGUAGAUACUAAAUCUCUUUAAGAGAUAUUUGUUUAAAACAAAAAUAAGAACAACAUACUGUGGAGUAUGUAACAUAUGUAGAAACAAAAUGUCUGACAACAAAACCACAAAGGCCAGGGAAGAGGAAAUGAAGAGGUGUGGCUAAUCCAACAAACAUAAACUAGAAUCAUAUUUUUUAAAAAGGCUGAAACAAGAAAAAGAACAAAGAAGACAUGAGGCGAAUAAAAAGUAAAUAGCAAGAUGUUAGAUUUAAACCUCAUAAUAUCAGUAAGUAAGUAUAAAUUGUUUAAAUACCCUCAGUUAAAAGGCAGAGAUUGUCAGAUUGGAUUAAAAAGCAAAGAUUCAAAUAUGUGCUGUGAAAAAGAAAACCACUUGAAAUAUGACACAAAAAGUUUAAACAUAAAAGGGUGGAAAAAUGUAAUAAUCCUAAUCAAAAGAAAGCUUGAGUGGAUAAGCUAAUAUCAAAGUGUAUUUCAGAAUAAAAAUUAGGUAUAAGGAGUCACUUUCCAUAAUUAUAAAGGGAUUAGUUCACUGAAAAAAAUCCUAAACAUUUAUGCAUCUAAUAACAGCUUCAAAAUGCAUAGAACAAGAAGUGAUAGAAGUACAAGGAUAAACAGACAAAUCCACAGUAUAUGUGGAGAUUUCAAUAACCCUGUUUCAAUAAUUGAUAGAAGUAGAAACUCAUCAAGGAUAUAGAAAACUUAAUACUAUCAAUCAAUUUGAUUUGAUCUUUAUAGAACACUUUGCCCAACAGCACUAAAAUGAAUGCACAGUGUUUUCCAGUACAUAUGGAACAUUUGCAAGAUAGAGCAUAUUCUGUGGUAUAAAAGAAGUCUUAAAAUUUUUUAAAUGAUUGAGAUCUCUGACCAUAAUAGUGUUAAAUUAGAAAUCAAUACCAGCAAGAUUCUAGAAAACCUCCAAAUCUUUGGAAAUAAAAUACACACUCUUCAGUAAUCCAUGGGUCAAAGAAGAUAUCUAAAGGAAAUUAGAAAAUAUUUUGCACUGACUGAAAAUGGGAAGGCGGCAUAUCAAAAUCUGUGGGAUGCAGCUAAAACAGUGAUUAGAGAGAAAUCAAUAGCAUGAAACUUUUAUAUUAGGGAAAAAAAGAUGUCUCAGAUCAAUGACCUACUCUUCUCCCUUAGAAAAUUAGUAAAAGAAAAACAAAUAAAACACAAAGUAAGCAGAACAAAUGAAAUAAUAAAGAUAAGAUGAGCAAUUCACAAAAUAGAAGACAAAAAUAAUUAAGAAAAGUUAAAUCAAAAGCUGGUUCUUGAGAUCAAUAAAAUUGAGAAACUUCUAGUCAUUCUGAUUAGAUAAAUAAUGAAAACACAAAUUACCAUUAUGAGAUAUGAGAGAGGGGGAUAUCAUUAUAGGUCCUAUAGACAGUAAAAGGACAAUAAGGGUAUAUUAUGACAUUUAUGCCAGUGCAUGUUCAACUUGGACAAGAUGGACGAAUUCCUUCAACAUCAAGUUUUGUACAACUCUCAGGAAGAAAUAGAUAACCUGAAUAGCCAGCUCUGCCUCUAUUGAAAUAAUUAAAUUGAUUAUUACAAACCUCCCCACAAAGUCCAGGUACAGAUGAUUUUACUGGUAACUUGUACCAAACAAGGAAGGAAAAAAUAACACCAGUUUUGUACAAACACUCAGAAAAUAAAUGAGGAGGAUAGCUCAUUCUACAAGGCCAGCAUUACACUAAUAACAAAACCAGAAAAAGAGUUACAAGAAAUGAAAACUACAGACCAAUUUCCCUUAUGAAGAUAGUAGUAUAAAUGGAUAACAAAUGAGAUCUGACUUCCAUUCAGGUGUGUGUGUGUGUGUGUGUGUGUGUAUCUUGCAGUCUAAGGAUAGAACUCUGGCAAAAAAGUACAUCUGUGAAAAACCUACAAUUGAUAUAUCUAAUGGUUAUAGAUUGAAUGCAUCCUCUUAAAGAUUAGGAAUAAGGAAAAAUGUCUACUCUUAUUUCUAUCCAAUAUUUCAAUGGAGCUUCUAGUUAGUGUAAUAAAGCAAGAAAACAAGAUGAGUACAGACUGGAAAAAAGUAGGAUCAUCUUCAUUCACAGAUAAUACGUUUAUGUAGGAAAUCCUAAGGAAUUUACAAAUUGGCUGCUAGAUCUAAUAAGUGAAUUUUAGCAAGAUCAUUGUGUAAAAAUCAAUUGUAUUUCUAUAUAUACAAUAAACAUUCAAUUGUAUUUCUAUAUAUACAAUAAACAUUCAGAAAUUAGAAGUUAAAAACAAUAUAAUAGCCUCAAAAUAUGACAUAUGUAGCAAUAAAAUUGACAAAUGACCUGUACUAUCUGUACAUUGAAAAUUACAAAACAAUUCUAAAAGAAGACCCAAAUAAAUGGGGAAAGAUGCAGUGUUUAUGGAUUGGAAGACCCAAUAUUGUUAAGAUGUCAGUUCUCCCCAGAUUGGUCCAUUUCUUCAACACAAUCCCAAUUAAACUACCAGUAGGCUUUUUUAGUAGAAAUUGAGAUACUGAUUCUGAAAUUUAAAUGGAGAUACGAAGAACCUAGAAGAACCAAAACAAGUUUGAAGAAGAACAUAGUUUAAGGACUUGUCCUACCUGAUGAAAUGGCUUAUUUUAAAGAUAGAUUGAUGAAGACAGUGUUGUUCUGGUGUAAAUAUAUUUGUAUAGAUCAGUGGAACAGAAUAAAAUUAUUUCAGGUGCUCUCUUCAUCUGUAUAUACACAUUUCAAAAUUCAUCAAAUUGUACACCUUAAAUAUGUACAUUUUUGUCAAUUUCUUUAAAUGUAACUUUAAAAAAGCAUUUUUUUAUAGUAAUGUAGUGGGCAUUCAAACUUUAUCAGGUCACUGGGGAAAUAGAGCCAAAAAAUUAACCUAACAGCAAAGUCUCAUGUAAAAAGGAACGAUAUUUUAUUAAUUCUCUACUCAAAACCAAGGAAUACAGUUUAUGUUGGUUGUGAUAUAAUGCAAGAAUCUGUUAAAUCAUAUAUCUUUACAAGUCCUCAUCUUGUAUAACUUAGGCUGAAUGGCUCCUUGAGAUUCUUUCCUACUCUAAGAGUCUAAAAUAGGAGUUUGGACUUAUUUUAAUUCAGAGAUACACAUACUCCUCAGAAAAAUGUGAUGUGACAAAAACAUAAUUUCUAAGGUUCAUUGUAGCACUAGCAAGAACAGAUGGCCCUAAAAUCUAUUUGAGAAAUGUUUUGUUUUUUGGCCUUCAAGGAAUACAUUUCUUUUCUCUUCAGGGAAGAGUUACUCACAGUCCUCUUUUUAAAAUAAUGAAAGGAGUUGGUGAAAGGUACUUGGAGAAUAGUGCAGAGAAGGGAGGUGAUGUUCCAUUGAUUAUUGGUAUAGCUGUUCUUAGUGUUAUAUGUAGAAGACAAUAUUCAACCACAGAUGUAAAUUAAAACAAAAGGAUCCCCAGUCACUAUACCUCCAGUAACCGCAACAGGAGGUCACAGCUGAACUGUGCAUACCAAGAAUAAGACUGUCCCCUCCCCCAUGUCUGAAUGCCUGUUGAUAGGAGUGAACAGUGGCUCCAGGACACUCUGCUUCUAGCCAAACUCCUAGCUUCCCCUGUCUCCUAACACUCAAAGCUGCUGACACUUUCGGCCUUGGGACCAUAGCUCUAAUCUCAUUAUGUUCAAGCCACAAGAAACCCUGGGCUCCUUCGGCAUCUCUCACUUCCAACAAUUUAAUUCCUAUGCCCAUCUGUACACUCAUAUACCUAUGUAUACAUUCCCCUUUCUGACCCCAUUUCUCACUCAUUUGGGAAAACCCAAGGGCUUAGUCCUUGUAAAUUUUAUUUGUCUCUAUAUAUUUCUUUGGUGAUCCAUUGAGUCUUCUGGUCUUAAAUAUGUUUCUUUACUGAUACCUUCCAAAUGAAUCUCCCUGAUGUUUUAUAGACUUGAGUGUAUUACUGCCUACUUGACAUCUCUACUUGUAUAAACGUCUGAAGCUUAGCAAGUUUAACUCCAGCCUCUUGAUCUUCCCUCAAAACCUGCUCCUCAUACAGCCUUCCCUAAGUUACAGCAGUGCCAGCCUUCCAGUUGCGAGGUCCAAAACUUUGGAGUCAUCUUUAAGUCUUCUUUCUCUCACGUCCAGUCUAUUAGGAAAUUCUGCUGGCUCUGCCUUUCAGAUAGGUCCAGAACCCAACCACCUCUCAAUGCUUGGACCAAUCUUGGUCUAAAUUAACAUAAUCUUUGUCCUGGAUUUGUACAGUAACCUCCUAAUUGGUCUUCCUGUUGGUACCCUUUUCCCCAUCAGUAUUCUCAGCACAGCAGCCUGAGUGAUCCCAUUAAAACUAAGUCAAAUCAUGUCAUUCCUCUAUUCACAAUGUUCCAAAGAUCUUUUGUCCCAGUCAGAAUAAAAACUGAAGUCCUCUAUACCAUCUGUCCUCCUUAACAUUACCACACUUACCUAAUUUCUUGCACCUCUUCCUUUCCUGUCACUUAGUUAACAGGCACACUGUCCUUAACGUUCUGUGAAGCUGCCCAUGCUACCACCUCAGGGCCAUUAGACCAGAUUUUCUAAAUGCCUUCCUUAAGACUUCCUAAGGCUCUUCCUUAGAUAUGCCCGUGGCUUCUCCCCCACUUUCCAGGAAGGCCUCUUGUGACUGUCCUGUUUUAAAUGUCAGCUGCAAGUAUUCCUCGUCCUCUAUCCAUGCUUUACUUUUCUGUGUAGCACUUAAUCAGUGUCUAACCUCUUAUGUAUUUUACUUAUUUGUUUGUUUUUGUUUCCUCCUCCUACACACACAAGAAUGUAAGUUCCAGGAGGGAAGGGAUUUGUUUGUUCAUUACUGAAUAAACCAAAUACAAACACAGUGCCUGGUACAUAUUUAGUUGCUCAAUCAGUAUUUGCUAAAUGAAUAAGUGAAAGUUCAUAGUCAAUGAUAUUAGACCCAUAGGACAGGUGGGAGCUAGCUUCUGGAUACAAGUACACGUCAGCCAACUGGAAAGAUAAAUAUUUAUAUUUUUCCUAAAUAAAUCCAGGAAAGGAUAUCCCUCCACCUGUUCAUCAUUAUUCAGCUCUGUGUUCCUUUCUCAGUUUAUUUCUGUUCCUUCACUCAUACCUUUCUCUUUAUCUAAAGUAUUCUUGCUUUGUAACUGAUUUCAAAGCCAAUGCAAAUGUUACACCCUUUAGGAAUCCUUCCCAGAAAUCUCCCCCUGCACCCCAGACAUUAUCAGUCUUUCUUUUCUGUUUUCUCAGCUUUCUUUAUUCAUGUAACAUGUGUAGCUUAUGAAUAUGAAUCCCCUCCUGCUUGAAUUUUGAUCCCUUUGAGGGCAGAGGAGGAUGUCUUUCCUUUUUCAUUGUAUCCAUGAUGCCGUCGUUUGCUUUCAUAGAUUUUUCCAUUCCUCUGCAAUGGAUGUUCCUACCUAAAAUUUUUGUCAAUCAUUUGAUAAAUGUUUAUAGAAAUAAAUCGUUAAAACCUGUUUUAUGAGAUACCUAAUCUAUGUGACAUUACAAUUAUAAGUGAGCCAAAAAUUGUUUUAAAUCGUGCUAACAAUAUUUGCUCUCAGUAUAACUCUAUGAAUAAGACAAACCCUCCAAAUCCCUCCCCACUCAUAUGGCUUACUCAGCAAAUUCAGCAAAUAUGUAUUGAGUACCUGCCAUGAGCAAGUCUCUGCUAAGCCUUGCACAUUAUAUACAGAUUGUAGUUAUUCCUCGAGGCCUCACUCAAACUUACCUCACAAUCCUUUCCACUUCAAAUCAAAAGGCUAAAUAAACUGUCUUUUUAAAAUGAGAUCUCAGGAAAUUGAAGAGCUUGGUGUGUUAAUUCAGAGGUCGAUUAGAUGCUAUAACUCCUCACCCAUUGCUCCAGCAUAGUCAUUUCUAGAACUAUAUUCUUUUAAUUAACUCUUGUGAUUCUCAUGGAUUGUUAGACUUUGGGAGUGGGAAACACAGGAAGAUAAAGCUUCUGUACUGUUUCACUUGUUAUGUUAAAAUGGUUCUUUCAAUCAGAGACCAUUGUAGCGUUCAGCUCAAUGUCUGGCCCAAGGUGGGCACUCCAUGGAAGUCAGCUGUUUUACAUACACUGUUGGUACAGCAGUUGUUACCCUGCCUUUUGUCAGUAUGUCAUUGUCACUAAUUUGUGAGUUCUUAGGAAGGGUCUGAAUCCCAUUAUCUCAUAAGAGGUACCUGGUUGGAUUAUUUGCUGUUGAUUUUAAAGUUGCUUUACAAUUUUAUAAGCAAUGUGGAGGAGACAGGCAUACAAAUUUUAUGUAACAAACUCUUAACCAGUGCUAAUGGUGUUCUUGGUGCUGUUCUAAGCACUUUAUAAACAUUAUCUAAUGCUCAUAACUGUAUGAAAUGGCUACUUUUAUUAUCCCAUUUUACAGAGGAGGAAACUGGGACAGAGAUAUCAAGUAACUUACCCAGUUAGUAGCAAAAAAAAAAGCAGCAACCUGGCUUAAGUCCUUGCUAUUAAUCAUAAUCCAAGGCUGAAUGUGGAUAAUGCCAUGUAAAAAAUACAAAUGUGCUAUGGCAGUUCAAGGAAGGGAGUGGUCAAAUUAUUGUCUGGUUGGGAAUUAAAGAAGAUACAUGCAGGUAUUACUAAGCCCUGAUUUUGGGAGUUAUCCUUUUCAGGAGCUUCUUCUAAGAAAAGAGGCUAAAUGUAUAUGUAAAAGCUCAGAGAUGGGAAAUGGUCACUCAUCAGGAAGUAGUUCUGCACAUAAGAAUAAGGUAGGAAAGGAAACAAGACAGGGAAACUUGGUUUGGGGCUAGCAUGGGAAAUUUAUGAUUACAAGUGGAGGGAGGACAGGGUAGAGAGAUGGGGCAUGAUCAGAGCUAUCCUUUGGUGAAUAAGGAAACAUUGUUUGGAAUAAAUCUAACAGAACUGACAGACUGCAGGAACACUAGUUAUGAGGUUAUUAUUAUGUCUGGAAAAGAGGUAAUUAGACCUUGAAUUAUGGUAAAGAUAGGGUUAGAUAAAAGAGAGAGAACAGAAGUUGAAUUGAUAGAGCAGAGAAGUAGCACAACAGGCAAGUCAAGUAUUUAUAUCAUAUGACAAGUUUAAAUUUAUGGUCAGUAAAGUCCUUUGAAUGUCUGGGAAACUCUCCUCUUGGUAUAAUGAACAUGAUUUUAAGAGAAAAAAGUCA